AUGAUUCAUGAUGAAUUGAGUAUCUCAGAAGCGUCAACUAGUGUUGGGACUACAACAGCAACAAGUUUGGAUUUGUUUGAUCUUCCUGUAAACUGCACUAUUAACGGUAUCAGCCAGAAAGUUACUACGAACUGUGAAAGUUUGGAAUCAAUUCUCUGUGAAUGUUCCCUGUUGCCUUCAAAGUAUACUGCCUACUCAACUGCAUCCUAUCCAAUCAUAGAUUAUUCGAAUGCAACUGACAUUAUCUUUUUGUAUAACGAUUAUUGGGAUGACGAGAUUGACAAUCUAUCGACCACAGUUACGGCUCCAUGGACUGAACAUGCGGAAGCUGCUGAUUCGAUAACAACCACAGUGAACCCAUCUUGCUUGAUUCAAUGCCCAGAUGGAUACAUUAUUGGUCAAUCUCUCUGUUACUUCAUAGUUGAUUUAUCAAAUAUCAAAUCAUAUCAAUCCGCUCUCUCCUAUUGUCAAACUGUCAACCUUCGGAAUCUGAUAUCUCUGGAACAUCUUCGAAAUCUGCUUGAUCUUCAGAUAUUGAAGACGAAAGUGAAUUCAUCCUACUCAACUACUUGGUACUUUGCAAAUGGAGGAGGUUCAGUUCAAGAGAGAUUCGAUAAGAAAGCUCAAGUGUUUGAUAUAAACAUGUUGACUGGAAUGACGUCACCAAUCGAAAUGACUGUUGGAAUAUCUGAUGCCACAUCGAAUGUCUCUGCUAUUUGUGUUCUUCCACAAUACUGUAAUAUUUCUCAAUGUUACGUCGACUCAGCUCUGGAUGUUCUUGAAUUGAACACAAUUCUCAGCUCAUCUAAAGAAGUUAUUGUCAGUGUUUCGACUACCAGUAUAACCUGUUCUUACACUAAAUCAGUAUCUACAGUUGCUUGUGGAUCACGUGGAAAUAUGAUGCCAAAUCCGACUACUAUUAGUUGUGAAGCUUCCGGAGACGCUCAAAAACUACCAAACACGACAGCUGAAAUUGUGGAAUAUUGCUCGCUAUGCUUCGAGCGAGGAACGGAAAGCUGUAGUGAAGCAACUGAUAAAAAUGGGAAAACGGGAUACCAAUGCAAUUGUAAAAGCUCUUAUUCGAUGGGAACAUGUUGGUACACUUCUGAUUCUUGUCUUCCUGAAACCUGCAAUGGACAUGGAAAAUGCUCUGAUACUCUCGGAAAUGUAAAAUGUGAUUGCGAUUGGGGAUACGAAGGAGAUUCUUGUGAAGUGAAUAAGGAUCGAGUCACCAAUACAACUGAUUCAUUUUUCACGCGACUUGGAAAUUAUAUCAUUGACUUUCCAACUAUUUAUGCUGUUCAAACGAAUUCUUGGAUAUUUUUGACAAUUGCUGCAAAGUCGAUCGGAAAGAUUUAUAGAUCAACUGGAGAAGAUGACCCGCAAGAAACUCAUCAAGCAGCCAGAGCAUUCUUCAUGACGCUGGGAACUACUUGUGUUUUGUUUUUCAAUGACCCGUACCUAUUCAAGAUCUCUUUGGCAACUUCAAUGAUUCAAUGGAUGUUGGAAGGAUACAAUGCGAAUCAAGUGGUUCGAUGUGUUCAUCUGAACGAGUGGGAGAAAGAUUUCGAAUAUAGAAAAGCUUGGGGAAUCAAGGCUGCACCGAGGAUGGUUAUACCUUUGAUUAUGAUGGCUGUCGCGUUGGCGGUGAUUUUCAAAUCGAACUGGUACUAUCUGCCAUCCACGUGGACAUGUCUCGGUGUCAUCUGCAAUCAAACUACUUCCGUUUGGCUCUCUGCUAUCUGGAUUGUUCUAUGUUUGGUCGUCUCAACUGCAGCUUUUGCGGAGUCUAGUGUUCUUUUGACCCAUCGCCGUCCACUGUACAAUCUGAAAAUUCGUCAACGAAUCGAGAGAGACAUUGGAAUUAUUGAUGGUUGGGUUGCAGAAAAGUGCCGUCGAAACACUGUUCUUUGCUUCAUUGGAAUCUGUCUUCUAUCUGUCACGUGGCUUUUCACUAUCCUAGCAUCUGAUAAGAGAAGCAAAUAUGUUUUUGGAUGGACUCUCACUCUUGUCUCUACUCUCUAUGGGUCUUUCAGCUUUGUUCAAGGAGUUUAUACCGAUCCAAAUACUUGGUCAGCAAUUCUCUGGUUUGCCAUGAAGCGUUUCCCAGCUCGUUUUGCCCCUACAUAUGAUCCAAUUUCGAUGUGGACUCGAGAAGAAGUGAAAGAAAUUCAAAAACUUCCAAAAGAACAGAGAGAAAUAAUGAAAGACGAGAUGUUUCCACUCAACAAACGACUCUUUUUGCAUCAUAAAUGGAAUAUGAAUCUGAAUGAGAAAUUGGAAAAAGGGACCGAAAUCACUGAAGCUCUUCUUGAAAUUCUUCGAAACGAAAUUAGAACUCAUCAUGAUUUAUCUGGAACUCAAUUCCAAAAGGAGCAAUUACAAGAGACGUUUGCUGAAUUCGUGAAAUCUGUAGCUGAUCGGCCACCAAGAAUGGAGUUAUUGGGAGUGAAUGCAAAGAGUGAAGCAGUGACUUUAUGUGCUGAGAAGGAGGAUGGAAGUGCCCGAGUGACUAAAUUCAUGUUGGUUCCGGAUAUUGAUGUUUUCGAGCCAGAAGAAUUUUAUGAGGAUGCUGAUGAUGUGGAUAAGAAGCGGAUGGAUAUUGAAGAGGAGAAGGAAACCUACAAAAUCGCCAGAGAAGAAGCUGUUUCCCAGAACAAGUUCAUGAAUUCGGCCAUCAAAUUCAAGUACUACGGCAAGAUCAAAGGAUGA